GAAGCUCGGCGCAUUUCUUGUUCAGACCCUUCACUAUUCCCGUCUUCAGAAGAAGUUUAACCGCUAAAGUUCGCGUUUCUUCUACUGCCUUUUUUGAAACCAAGCCUAUGGAAUCUGUUGAGGUGGAGAAAGAGGACAGUGGCGGUGGCAACGGUUUAGCUUGUCCCAUUUGUUAUGAACCAUUAACCAGGAUCGAUGACUCCCCUUUAUACGUAGGAUCAACAGCUGGGUCUAAUUUGCAGUGUAACACUUGUAACAAGACUUAUUUUGGUAACAAAACGCAUCUUGACCUCGUUGCCUCAAGUGGGUCCAAGCAGCAUGAUGAAUCUAUGCCGCUGAGUACUGAACUGUUCAGGACUAAUGUGGUAUCGUUUCUCUAUGAGAGGGGUUGGCGUCAAAGUUUUAUAUUUGGUGGCUUUCCAGGUCCAGAGAGAGAGUUUGAUAUGGCUAAGAAUUACCUAAAUCCAGUGCUAGGUGGAAACAUUGUUGAUGCUAGUUGUGGUAGUGGGUUGUUCUCCAGACUUUUUGCCAAGAGUGGAUUAUUUUCACAGGUUGUUGCUCUGGACUUCUCAGAAAACAUGCUGCAACAAUGCUAUGAAUUCAUCGAGAAGGAGGAAAACUUCCCCAAAGAGAAAGUGACCUUGGUCAGAGCUGAUAUCUCUAGACUUCCUUUCAAGUCAAGUUCAGUUGAUGCUGUGCAUGCUGGUGCUGCUUUGCACUGUUGGCCUUCACCAUCAACAGCUGUGGCUGAAAUAAGUCGAGUUCUUCGACCUGGAGGUGUUUUUGUUGCUACCACCUGCAUACUUGAUGGGCCUUUUGCGUUUGUGCCAUUUUUGAGGACUUUCCGCCAGACUAUAACGGGAAUCGCAGGCAGCCAUAUCUUCCUUUCUGAACGUGAACUCGAAGAUCUCUGCCGAACUUGUGGGCUAGUUGGUUUUACAUGUAUAAGAAAUAGACUUUUUGUGAUGAUCUCAUCUAGAAAACCCAGCUAACCUUGCAUCUUCCCAAUUACAGUUGCAUAUUAUAUUGUAGUUUCAGUAAUUUUACAAAGCCAAAUUUGUAAAGCUAUAGAGUGUCUUUUCUAAGUUUGUGUCUCAUGUUUCAGUUCUUUGGUUUAUAUAGAUGAUUUUUAAUUUGUUAGGGACGUGUAUCAUUCACAAACAUGCAAAACAAAUGGAUAGCAAAAAGGUAUAGCAUUGUUUCAUUUAUGCUUAUCCGAAUGUGAUCAAAUUUGACUGUUCAGAUGUUGCCACAUCAAGCAUAAAUGUAGCUCUUCAAUGUGUGUGCCUUUGAAUUUGUAACUGUUAGUUACAUUUGGCGGUAAAGGACAAUCUUCUCAUCAUUUUCAUCGGGAUCAAGGUCAACCUCACCUUCGUAAUCCACUUCAAUAACGCUUCUGUCUAUAACAUAUGGUUUUUCUAAUUCAAAUGAUUGAGUUUGAGAAUGAUCUCCGCGUUCAGGCACAGUAUUGACAAUGGCUCUGCAUGUCUGAUUCUGUAAGUGCUUUUGUUAGUUGAGCUCGCACUCUAUCCCUUGGGUAGGUGAAUUAAAGAAUAGAUGAAACAACAGAGAGCCAUUGCAAUUCCUAUUGCUAUGUAAAGUGCUUCUGCCAAUGAUCUAGAGGACAAAAUAGAUGAAACAACAGAAAGCCUCAGCUUAAAUUUUUUUGGCUCUUCAUGUGUUUUAUAUAUGUGAACUUUCAAUGUUAUGAUCUAGACUCUUCACUCCAUGAUUCAAUAUUUGAUGGGGCAUUUUGAAAUACAGUUACUUUUUUCCACCUCCAAAAUUGAGAUUGAUAGAGGACUCGUAUAAAUGACUUAGACCCACAUAUCUUACACAAUGAUUUGGUUCUCCUUUCCUGAUUUUCUUACUUCAGUAAGACUCCAGCCUGUACGAUGAACUUGUCUGUUCUGGUUUAGGUCUAUCGAAAUGCUAAAUAUGUUACAACUUAUGACUUAAACUGGUUUGAUAAAUGCAGCUUUUUUAGUA